AGUGGUUGGUCAUUCUCCUCAUUCAUUCCUCCAGUAUCAUCCAAAAAGAUCCUCCCUUUCACCGUUUGUUCUCAGUGUCGUCCUGGACCUGGAAGAUAGGAGUUCGCAACCAACCAGCAUGCUACCUCAGCAGCUGCCCAUACAGCACAAACGCAACAGAAGAGGCGACGUAAAGGUAUCGAGUGGAUAGAAGAGACCAGCAGAUCAUCUUCGCACUUUACAGCUGAUCUGCUCUUCUUGUCCCAUUCUGCUCAACUCUGCUUUUUAACCUGAUCAAGCUAUACGGUGCCCUUGGUUCAGUACGAGAAGCAUCAUAGCAUGUCCUCAGUUAGAACCAAUGGUAGUGUUGGCGUUGGUGGAGUCAAUGCCUCCCACCGUUCUUCUAUUGGAGGUGGAGCUGUCAUGGCCGAUGGGGAGAUUUUGACUUUAGACAGUCUGGAAAAUAUUCAAAAUUCUGUGGAGGAAGUGUUGCAAUACUGUGCAGCCAACAACUUGGAAAUUCCGGAAAAACUCAGACAACGUCUCAAGAAAGAACUAGCCAUUCCGGAGGAUGAAAAUGUCACCAAAAGUGCUCCGCCCCAUGUCAACACGGAACUCAAAGAGGGCGUCGCCAGUCAUCAGAAAUUCCUCAACGAUCUACGUUUGUCUUCGAUGCGACAAUCGUCCAUGUCGGAAGAUACUGACAGUGUCAAAGAAUCCAUCAUUGAUCAUGCCUUGAUUCAAAAGGUCAAGAAAAAUUCCGAUAUUCUCAGAGCACAAAUGCCUCUCUUGGAUCUUCGCGUCAAAAAUGCCAAAUACGUCGCCACCAAUCACUACGAAGACGAUCCAAACAAACAGAAAAAGGGCUACGACGAAGUCAAUCAGGAUGGCGAAGAAGGAGAACAAGAACAAGGACCCAGAAGGGCCAAACAACACAUUGAAACCGUCACAUCGGCCGGCAUUUGCUUCAAAUGGUAUCGAAGGAUCAAACGACUCGUCACCAAAGGACAGUGGCAGGACUACGCUCUGGAUACUACCAUUAUUGAAAAUGUCAACCUCAUCUUUGAACCAGGCAAAAUGGUACUCAUGCUUGGAGGACCCGGGUCGGGCAAGUCGACCAUGUUAAGGUUCAUUGCAGACAUUCUUCCCAAGGGAAAGGACUACCAGCAGUCGGGAGAAGUCACACUCUCUGGAAUUUCACCCAGCAGCGAGUCGCCAAAAGUUCAUUGGCCCAGUCUCAUUGGAUUCAUGGAUCAGAUUGACCGAUUGCAUCCAUACCUUACCGUAUUUGAAACUUGUGAAUUUGCAUUUCGUUGUCGAUUGGCCGGCACUCAUAAACGACCCUGGCAAGGAUCCGGACCAGAAAUCGAUCAGCGAAUUGCCGAGAUGGAUGCCGAAAAGUCAAUCGUAAACCUCGUUUUGGAAGCACUUGGAUUGACUCGUGUCAAGGACACCUUUGUGGGCGAUCAAGAAAAGGUUCGUGGAGUCUCGGGAGGAGAGAAACGCCGUGUGACGGUAGCCGAAAUGAUGUGCAUUGGAGCUCCCGUACUCUGUUGUGAUGAAAUCAGUACCGGGCUGGAUGCCGCCACAACCUUCGACAUCACCCUUCUCUUUGGCUUGGCUGCUCGCAUUUUCCACCGAGUGACCAUUAUCAGUCUGCUACAGCCCCCGCCGGAGACUGUUGCCAACUUUGAUGAACUCAUAUUGGUGAGCGAUGGACGAGUUAUGUACGCGGGUCCCCUUGAGCAAGUGAUUGACUAUUUCACCGACCUUGGGUAUGAGAUUCCAGUCAGAAUGGAUGUAGCGGAUUGGCUGCAGGCAUUGCCCACUCAGGAGGGAAAACGUUUUCUCAAGGGAAACGAAGGAGAACAGCCUCAGCGUCAUUUGACUCCCAAGGAAUUCUCGGACACGUUCUACGAGUCUCCACUAGGGCAGGAAAUCCUCAAAAAACUCGAGGCGCCCGAGAAAGCUACAGAUCAUGACAAGAUGAUGAUCCGCACAAUUGGGAGUGCCAAGUUUGCAAACGGCGUAUUCACAAAUAUGAAAUUGUUGGCCCAGCGGGAGCUAUUGCUGUGGUGGCGUGACAAGUACCAGAUCAAGGCGAAAAUCGCGCAGACCUUAAUUGUCGGCAUUAUCGUGGGGACUUUGUUCUGGAAAACGGACAGCCCAAUCUCGAUCGUCAGUGCCCUGUUUCAGUCCAUGUUCUACUCUUGCGUGGCGCAAAUGAACACAAUUUCACGACAAUUCCCAGAACGAUCCAUUUUUUACAAACAUCAGGACGCUAACUUUUUUCCCACAGGUGCAUACGUGCUAGGCAAGAGCGUUGCUUCCAUGCCCAUUGCCUUCACAGACGCCCUCUGCUACGGAACAGUGAUCUACUUCUUUGUGGGCCUCGCUUACAACGAAGGUGCCUCGAUUGCCAACUACUUCAUGUUUCUUCUCCUCAUGUUCACUAUUUCCUUGACCACUGGGCUCUUCUUUAUGAUCUACUCUGCAACCGUGAGAAUUGUCACAACUGCGCAGGCGUGCAUGGCACUGACUGCUGUCGUGUUCGUAGUAUUCUGUGGAUUCACAGUUCAGCCUGAUGUGAUUCCAUCAUACUACAUCUGGAUCUAUUGGAUCAACUUCUUUGCCUGGUCCCUUCGUGGUCUUGUCGUGAACGAAUUUCGAAGUGGCAAGUACGAUGAGCUUAUUGAAGGGACGGAUAUCACACAAGGAGAACAGAUCUUGACCCAGUUUGGUUUUGUCGAUGGCAAUGGCGAUGCAUUCACCUGGAUGUGGGCGGUCUGGGGUUUCUUAGUCACAUUCGGCUGGGCCAUCAUUUCCUCGUUACUCAGCGUGUUCUGCCUCAAGAGGAUUCGCUUCGUAACCGGUGCAUCUCUGGUAACGGACAAGGGCACUGACGAGCAAGAAGAGUUCGACCAGAGCACUGCAGUCGCAAUUCCUUUCACGCGAGUUGACCUCACGUUCAAAAACAUCCAUUACAGAGUGAUAUCUUCCAUUACGAAUGAGGAGCUACACCUCUUGAAUGGAAUUGAUGGGGUCGUUGAGUCUGGUACAAUGACAGCCCUCAUGGGCAGCUCAGGUGCUGGAAAGACAACACUCAUGGACGUCUUGGCUCUCCGAAAGUCAUCUGGGGAUAUCGAGGGAGAGGUUCGUCUCAACGGUCAUCUGCAAGAGGAAACAUCGUUCCGUCGUUGUACGGGCUACGUGGAGCAAUUCGACAUGCAAUCUCCUCAGCUCACGAUUCGAGAGACCGUCGACUUCUCGGCGAGGCUUCGGCUGGACGAGAAUGACCCAGCUGUGACGCCAGAGAGCAGGACAAAGUUUGUCGAACAAACCCUCGACAUGCUGGAGUUGACGAAUGUGCAAGAUCUGCAGGUUGGAUCAGAUGCCACGGGUGGUCUCUCGUUUGAACAAAAGAAACGCCUUUCGAUUGCUGUGGAGCUUGUCUCAAAUCCAAGCAUCUUGUUCCUCGACGAGCCAACAAGUGGACUGGAUGCACGAGCCGCCGCCAUUGUGAUGCGAGGGCUGAAACGUAUCGCCGAGUCUGGUCGAGCCGUCUGUGCCACAAUCCACCAGCCGUCAGUGGCCAUUUUCUCUUCGUUUGACAGCCUCUUGCUACUCAAACGUGGCGGUGAAGUUGUCUUUUUCGGAGAGCUCGGGGACGAUAGCAAAAACCUCAUUGAUUAUUUCGAGCGAUACAACAGGACACCCAAGAUCCAACCCGGAGAGAAUCCUGCCACCUGGAUGCUUACUACGAUUGGUGCUGGAAACAGUUCGGGAGAAGUCAAGCCGUUUGACUAUGCGGGCAACUACGUUCAAUCUGACUUGCACCAGGCAGCUUUGGAGCGGAUCGAAGUGGUCUGUGCCGGUCAGACGGACGAUAACAAGGUUACCUUCUCUUCCGUGUUUGCCACUUCCGGCAAAACCCAGGCCAUGGCAGUGUUGAAGCGCACCAUGAUGGUCUAUUAUCGAACUCCAUCGUACAACACGGUCCGCAUGAUCAUUGCCGUUGCUGUGGCUCUCAUCUUUUCCACUGUGUACAUUCCCUUUGUGCCGCCAACGAACGAGAGCACGCUGAACUCCAUUAUGAACUCAAUCUACAUUUCCGUCCUGUUCUUGUGUGUGAAUGCCAUGAACACCGUGUUGGCUCUGUUUGAGUUUGAACGCAACAUGUUUUACCGUCACAAGGCUGCCGGCAUGUACAAUGCCCGGGCGCUGGUAAUGGGUUUUACCCUUUCGGAGAUUCCCUUUAUCUUUACGGCGGCAACCUUGUUUACGAUGCUGUUUUACUGGAUUCUUGGGUUCCGCGCGGAAGCGGCUCCCUUUCUUUGGUUUUAUGCAUUUGCCGUGUUGACGUUGGCCAACUUUACGUGCCUGGGUCAAAUGUUGGCGGCUUGUUUCCGCGACGCCGUGACGGCUCAAGGUUUUGGUGCCCUGAUUGUGAUGGGCAGUAGUAUGUUUGGUGGAAUCUUGUUGCGUCCGUCUCAAAUCCCCAGCUUUUGGAUUUGGAUGUACUGGAUCAUGCCCGGUCAUUACUUUUUCGAAGGUUUGAUUAUCAGUCAAUACCACGGUGAUACGACUCGCAUUUUGUCGACAGUGGGGUCUGUAUUUUGGCAGUCCCUGGAUUGUCCUGACCCUAACGUGGAGUGUUACGGUGAAGCCCAAGAGUGGGUUGCCGCCAACUUUACGGACUGGAGCCAUGAGCACCUCCCGUACAAUAUCUUGUACUUGGUCUUGUUGUUUUGUUUCACGAGGUUCGUUACCUUCUGGGCCUUGGCCAAUUUGAACUAUCGAUCUACCUAAAAAAUGACCAUUAGUUAGGAACACUAAUAAUAACUGUGGAUUUUGUCAAUC